GUACCUAAAAUUUUAUGGCCCGAGGUAGAGUAUGUGAUGAACUUCGAUUCUCCAGUACACGUCUGUUUCGAUGAAACCAGCAGUAUGUAUGUCGAUACCUCCGGAAUAGAAAUGAUAGAUUAUAACGAUACGACGUCGUGUAUGACCGGAGUUAUCAAGUUCCUUCAGAAUGUUGGCGAAAAUACUAUGAUAGAAAUAGUAAUUGAGAAAGAAGUGUCAGGUCAGUUCGAAGUGAUGGCGACGCAUCUUAUCUGCGAUUUGUGUGAAGAGUUACAUCCAGAAAGUAAUUAUUAUAAAUACUUGCAAUAUUUUGGAUUUCCAGAUAACUGUCCUUUUGAAAGUGGGGAAUACUCAAUAUUCGACUUUGUAAUAAAUACCGAUGACUUACCAGUGAACAGUGCAAAUGCCGCCCGUUAUCAAGUCAUUAUCAAUUUCUACAAGAAUCCUGACUGCUCCAGCAAGGACGAUAUGACAUUUUUGUUCUGUUUAAAAAUGGAUUUCAUCAUUGAACCAAUGUAAUUUAUAAAUAAUUAGAAGAGCUAAGAAUUACAAAGUUUUGUUGCUAUUUUUUUAUGCAAACUUUUUAAGAAUACUUUUCCGUUACUAUAAAACAUUGCAAUUUAGUUGAAAACUUUAAGCAAAUAUGGACUGCAUUUUCUUGAAGUGCCUUCAACUAAACUGCAAAAGAUUCCUAGCAUGUCAGCGAACAAAUAGACAUUAACAGGUAGAAACGUGAAAUUUAAAACUAUUUAAAUAAAAUUAAAUUACCACUAAAAUAUUGAUUACUUUUAUUAAUAAUUAUAAUCGUUAAUGAUUAAUUAUUCAUCGACUAGUUCAUUCACAUUUUCAUCUUUAUUGGAUUCAUAGAAUACCUCUUCUUUAUUAUCCCCUCUAAC